AUGGCGUUCGCACCGUGGAACGGCCCCACAAGCGUGCCGCGGCUGACCGCCUCGCCGCGAGCGUUGAGUUGCAGAGGUUUGACUGCCUCGAGGUUUCGCUCCCGGAAGGCUAGAGCCCGGCGCCAGCUCAAUGCAUUCCGCAGGGAGGUUGUCGCUUGUGUGGCGGCGGGGACGGUUCUAGCGAGGACCUCGCAAGCACGUGCUGGACCUUUUGUGAGCUUCCUGUCAGACAUUCUGCCGAUCACGGAGGCUCAGCGCAGCGUUGCCAAGGCAGACAUGGCGAUCCGCGAAGGAGUCAACUCCAUGACGGAGAUCGUUGUGUCCCCAAGCUAUGCCCCCAAGGUGUCUGACGCGGUGGGAGCAGAGCAGGCGGUGCUGAGAGCAGGGGAGGCUGCAGCAGAGGCCGCCGGCUUGGACAUGACGAAGAUCACGUCUCGCAUCGCGGAGCUAGCGGACAAGGAGCGCAGCCGCUUGCGCGGGCGCACAGAAGCAGGCCUCUUUGAGACGGAGAUGCUGGGCUCUGUCACCUACCACAUGGUUGCCAACUUGGACAAGCCGACCUAUCCAGCCUUCCAAGCCUAUUGCACCUGGAAAGCCUACGAUGAGGCGCUGAGUCAGUCCGGCAAGGCCACCAUCUUCCGGCGAGUCUUCGGGCAAAAGCUCCUGGCCGAGCUGAGCUUCCCGCAGCCCCCAAGCAUCAGGCCGCAAGAGGCCGCCUCUGCCAUUGAUCGAAUUCAGGCUGCGCUGGAUGCGCUGAUCGCGGCGGGCUUUUGCGCCAAAGCCGUGCCGCAAAUCGAUGAGGUCCUGGUGGAAAUAUGGGCGGACGGGGGCAGCAGAGACCUGGUGCUCCCAGUGCUGAUCGAAGGAGAUCCCUUGGUAGACGCCCAGAUUCUGCUCUCCGAGGAGACGACUCCUUCCGUUUUGCCCGACCCCAUCGUCGCGGCAUUGACUGUUUGGUUUGAGCAGGCGGGCGGCCCUGGCUAUCCAUCCCUGGAGACUUACUACGUAAACUCCCGGUGGCGCGGCAAAACGGAGUAUUCCAACAUGGUGUAUGUGCCAAAGCAGCGUCUUUUCCAGUUAACGCUCCACAGGUCCGCAGCGUCAGCAGUGGCAUAG